AUGCUUUACACAGCCGUAGCGGCGUUGGCCAUUGCCACAACGCCCUUUGUAAGGGCAGGGAGCGCAGUCACUCCUCCAGCAGGCUCUCCUUGGGCCACCGCAUAUUCCAAAGCUCAGACGGCAUUGGCCAAGCUCUCGCUCCAGGAUAAAGUCGGCAUCGUGACUGGCGUUGGCUGGAACAAGGGGCCCUGCGUUGGAAACACAUCUCCAGCGUCAAGUAUCAGCUAUCCUCAGUUGUGUCUUCAAGAUUCACCACUGGGCAUCCGGUUCUCAACGGGCAACACUGCUUUCACGCCAGGCGUCCAAGCCGCCUCAACAUGGGAUCUAGAUUUAAUCGGCCAGCGCGGUCAAUUCAUCGGCCAGGAGAAUAAAGCCGCAGGCGUUCACGUCACUUUGGGGCCGGUGGCUGGGCCGCUAGGAAAGACGCCACAGGGCGGCCGCAACUGGGAGGGCUUCAGUCCCGAUCCAUAUCUCACUGGGUUGGCAAUGGCUGCAACCAUUAACGGCAUUCAGGGCGCUGGAGUGCAAGCAACUGCCAAGCACUACAUCCUCAACGAGCAGGAGCUGAACCGGGAGAGCAUGUCCAGCAAUGCUGACGACCGCACCCUUCAUGAGCUUUAUGCGUGGCCCUUUGCCGACGCCGUAAACGCCAAUGUGGCUGCCGUCAUGUGCUCGUACAACCGAGUCAAUAGCACGUAUGCGUGUGAGGACACGUAUACGCUGCAGACACUGCUGAAGAACCAGCUGGGAUUCCCUGGAUACGUCAUGACCGAUUGGAACGCGCAGCACUCGACUGUGCAAAGUGCGCUGGCAGGUCUCGACAUGUCGAUGCCUGGCACUGACUUCAACGGUGGCAGCCUGUACUGGGGAUCGGCUCUGACCAAUGCUGUGAACAGCAACCAGGUCCCUCUGAGCAGGCUCAAUGACAUGGUGACGCGUAUCCUCGCUGCGUGGUACUUGACGGGCCAAGAUUCGGGCUUUCCAUCAGUCAGCUUCAGCAGGAAUGUCCAGGGAAGUCACAACACCAACGUACGAUCCAUCGCCAGAGACGGCAUUGUACUUCUCAAGAACACCGGCAAUAUUCUGCCGCUGAAAACGCCGUCGAGCAUCGCCCUCAUUGGAUCAGCCACCAUUGUCGGUGCCCACGCAAAUAACUCGGCCUCAUGCUCUGACCAUGGCUGCAACCUUGGUGCCCUCGGAAUGGGAUGGGGAUCUGGUACCGCCAACUACCCAUACUUUGUGGCGCCUUACGACGCCAUCAACACAAAGGCUUCUUCGAUUGGCGCCAAACUGACUCUGAGCAGUACUGAUAACACCUCUGCUGGCGCGUCUGCGGCAAGCGGCAAGGACGUUGCCAUUGUCGUCAUCACUGCAGACUCAGGCGAAGGCUACAUCACUGUUGAGGGCAACGCAGGCGAUCGUAAUGACCUGAACGCAUGGCACAGCGGCACUGCUCUGGUACAGGCCGUGGCAGCAGCCAACAGCAACGUCAUCGUCGUUGUCCACAGUGUCGGCGCCAUUAAUCUAGAGCAGAUUGUCGCUCUCUCCCAGGUCAAGGCGAUUGUUUGGGCGGGUCUCCCCUCUCAGGAGAACGGCAAUGCGCUGGUCGAUAUCCUAUGGGGAGCCAUCAGCCCGUCUGGCAAGCUGGUGUAUACAAUUGCCAAGAGCCCAAGCGACUAUAACACGCGCAUUUCUUCGGGCGACGACAACUACAGCGAGGGGCUGUUUAUCGAUUACAAGCACUUUGACGACGCCGGCAUCACGCCGCGAUACGAGUUCGGCUUUGGACUGUCCUACACAAACUUUACCUACUCUGGCCUUUCCAUCACCUCAAACGCCAAGUCUGGACCAGCCACCGGCGCUGUGGUUCCUGGAGGCCCCAGCGAUCUGUUCCAGGAUGUCGCCACCGUGACUGUGAGCAUCAAAAACACUGGAGCCGUGACUGGCGCCGAGGUUGCCCAGCUGUACAUCACCUACCCGUCCUCUGCACCCAGAACCCCCGUGAGGCAGCUUCGAGGCUUCGACAAGCUCAGCUUGACGGCUGGCCAGAGCGGAACCGCGACGUUCAACAUUCGCAAGCGAGAUCUGACCUACUGGAACGUGGCGUCGCAGCAGUGGGUGGUGCCGUCGGGGACUUUUGGCGUGAGCGUUGGAGCGAGCAGCAGAGAUUUGCGUUUGACGGGAAGCUUCACGGUCUCAUAG